AUAAGAAAAAGUUUCAAAACUGUGAUAUAUAAAAAGCUGGAAAAAUUAAGAAUUAUUUAGUGAUUUUAAAACAAUUGGCAAGAAUAGUAUUAAAACUGAUUUUAAAUAUGUACCAAAUAAUUGGAGUAUUAAUACUGCUGGUGGCGGUGGCAAUGGGUCAGGUUCAAAAUGUGACCACCUUAAGCAGUAAUACUCAACAAUCAAGCUCAGUAGCUCGUACCGAUGAUUAUAUCAAUCUCAAUCGUCUGCAGUACGCCAAAACUUUACAGGAAUACGAGAAUCAAAUGAAUAAAUUCAGACAACUUUAUGCAGGACGUGUCGAUGGUGUUGGCAUACAAGAAGCUAUGCUAAUCGAUAGUAUAGUGCAAAAUGAAGAGCGUUUAAAUCCCCAAGAACUUUUAAGUGAUUUCAGCAAGGACUGUGUUACCAAAUAUCGUUCUAAAAUUCCCACGGUGGCAUACACGAAAUCAUCUAUUGCUAGUUGUGUAAAUGCUGCCAAUAAUCAGGUCAAUAGUUUAUUAACUAAUCCCACUAACACUAAGAAUUCCUUGCAAAACUACUAUACCAACUAUUUCGAAAAGGAGAUCACGAAUUGUGGCAAAAAGUUCGAUAAUAAAACUGCGAAUUAUACCAUUUGUGUUACCAGUGUGACCACCACUACUAAUAGCUACACGAUCAGCAAUCAAAAGACCUUUGCUACACAAAUGGACUCAGCCGAGUGUUCAUCGAAUGCCAAUAUUAAAAAAGCAUUAGAUUGCAGUUUUCUAGUUAUAAAUCGCACAAUUACCCUAAUCGCUGAGGCUAAUACUUUGAUCAAUAAGUGUCUGCUGGGUCAAGAUGAUUGCAGGCAAUGUAAUCAAGGUUAUACUUGUCCCGAUGUGUUUUACUUGCGUUAUUCCGAAGUAGAUUAUAAAAAUGAAACCAUGCGCAAUCCUUUCUAUGGUAGGGAAUACUUGAAGGAUUGUUUAAUGUUGGAAAUAAAUCAGAAAGCUUAAAUUAUUUUAUUCUAUUUUAAUAAAGUUUAAAUGAAAGCCUAUAAUAUAGGGGCUACUUAGCAAAA